UUUAUACCUAACCUUUAAAAUUUAACCUUCAAAACCAAAAAUGAGGUAAUUCUACAAUCUGAUGUAAAAUGUUUAGAAAAAAUCAAAUUUUAACUAAAAUUCCCAAUUGGUCACAACACAUAAAAUUACAGCAUGAGUCUUCGGCACGUUUAGAAAAUUUAAAGGAAAAGAUUGCUAGCGGACCAUCACUCCAGGACUUCAUAAACAAUCCCAAUCCUGUACUGGAGGAAGAUACCGAUAAAUGGAAUUCAUACGAUGGCCAAUUACGUAGAGGAAAAAAAGACACUACUCGUCUACGUUUACCGCCAUGGCUAAAAACCAAAAUACCAGUCGGUGAAAAUUACACUCGUUUAAAAGAACAAUUACGUAACCUAAACCUGAGUACAGUAUGUGAAGAGGCUCGCUGUCCAAAUAUUGGCGAAUGUUGGGGUGGAGGAGAACAUCGGACUGCAACUGCAACGAUUAUGUUAAUGGGUGACACAUGUACGAGAGGGUGUAUGUUUUGUUCCGUAAAAACCUCAAGAGCACCACCACCGCCGGAUCCACACGAACCCGAAAAUACAGCAAAGGCAAUUGCAUCAUGGGGAUUAGACUAUAUUGUAUUGACGUCAGUUGAUCGAGAUGAUUUGAAAGAUGGUGGCUCAAAUCACUUUGCUGAUACAGUUAAAGAAAUUAAACGGCUAAAUGCAAACAUUUUAGUUGAAUGCCUUGUACCUGACUUUCGCGGCGACUUGGAAGCUGUUAAAACAAUUAGUCAUUGCGGAUUAGACGUUUAUGCUCACAACAUUGAAACUGUUGAAGCUUUAACGCCCUAUGUUAGAGAUCGGCGUGCAAAAUACAGGCAAUCUCUAGCAACUUUGGAGGCAGCUAAAUCGUUUAACGAAAAUGUAAUUACCAAAUCUUCGAUCAUGUUAGGUCUGGGCGAAAGAGACGAGGAAGUAGAACAAACUUUAACAGACUUGCGAACUGCCGGUGUGGAUUGCGUAACUCUCGGUCAAUACAUGCAGCCCACGAAGCGCCAUUUAAAAGUUAUGGAAUACGUAACGCCAGCUAAAUUUAAAGAAUGGGAAAACAUAGGCAACAGCAAAGGCUUCCUGUAUGUUGCCAGCGGUCCAUUAGUAAGAAGUUCCUACAAAGCCGGCGAAUUUUUUAUUGCAAGUAUCUUAAAGAACAGAAAAAUGAGUCAUGUUUAGUUAAUGUACCAAAGUUGUUGAUCUAUAAUUAAAUGUUACGAUUGUUAUUAUUAUUUUCA